AUGGGUGGUGGCUGCAUCGGUUUAGGACGUCACCAAAGCGUGCAGGUGGCAUCAGGUGUAGAUUUGACAGAAGAAAUCUUUGCUGAAUGUGGAAUCCAGGCAACGCCAACGAGCUGCCACUUCCGUCUCAUCCCUCCCCUGUUCCAGUGUAUCCUGCCUUACUGGUUUCAAUGUUGUGUUCACAGGCAGCCUGCUUCUGCGAAGUGGUACGACCGGAGGGACUAUGUCUUUAUUGAAUUUUGCGUUGAAGACAGUAAAGAUGUUAAUGUAAAUUUUGAAAAAUCCAAACUUACAUUCAGUUGUCUGGGAGGAAGUGAUAACUUUAAACACUUAAAUGAAAUUGACCUUUUUAAUAAUAUUGAUCCAAAUGAAUCAAAACAUAAAAGAACAGACAGAUCUAUCUUGUGUUGUUUACGAAAAGGAGAAUCUGGUCAGGCAUGGCCAAGGCUAACAAAAGAGAGGGCAAAGCUCAACUGGCUCAGUGUGGACUUCAACAACUGGAAAGACUGGGAAGAUGAUUCAGAUGAAGACAUGUCCAAUUUUGAUCGCUUUUCUGAGAUGAUGAACAACAUGGGUGGAGAUGAUGACGUAGACUUGCCAGAAGUAGAUGGGGCAGAUGAUGACUCACCAGACAGUGAUGAUGAAA